UAUGAAUAUAUUAUUAAAUUAUAUAAAUAUCAAUUUUUUUUUGCAGCGGAGAAUAUCGAUAGGACAGUGAUAAAUCAGUUCUUACCUGAUGUAAUCAGAGUAUUUGGUAUAAAACGAGUGACAAAGAGUUUCAACAGCAAAAAUCACUGCGAUGCGCGUACUUAUAGAUACAUCAUUCCUUCCUUUGCAUUUGCGUUAGAAGAUCAGAGUUUGUUAAAACUUGGGGAGGAGGUUGACGAAGACGAGAGAAUCAAGCAGUUAUCGAUUAUCGACGGAAAGCCGUAUACGGAUUAUAGAUUAUCUCCGGAAUCUUUAGAUAGAUUAAAUUCGAUUUUGAAGCUUUUCGAAGGUUCUCACAACUUUCACAACUUCACGUCAAAAGUGAAACCGUUAGAUCCACGAGCGCGACGCUAUAUAAUCAGUUUCUCAUGUGUGGAAACGUUCGUUUCAAACGACAUGGAAUUUGCGGUAUUGGAAAUUAAAGGGCAGAGCUUCAUGUUGCAUCAAAUCCGAAAAAUGGUCGCCGCUGUGGUCGCGAUCGCGAGGGACAUGGUGUCCAAAGAGACGAUCGACGAAGCGUUCAAGACAAUGGACAAGAUGGACAUACCACUUGCGCCCAGCUUAGGAUUGUGCCUGUGUCACGUGCACUACGAUAAUUAUAGUGAAAGAUAUGGCACGGACGGUCUCCAUGAAACGUUAGAUUGGAAGGAGUGCGAGGAAGAAGUAGAAACGUUUCAGAAGACGUACAUUUUGAAACAUAUGAUAGACACCGAGAUUUCAGAACGAAUAACCUUGAAAUGGCUGAUAGGCCUCCCUUUUUAUUCGUUUAGCAACAGAGAUGUCCUACCUGCGGAGGAUGAAGCACAAGAAGUCGUGCAUAAUGAUGUAUAAGUGUAAAAUACAUAGCUCUGUCUCUGUAUCAAAUACACUGAGAAAUAUUAAAGAAUGUUUUUGAAUUAUCAUA